GAGGCAGCAAUUUAAACUUGUACCAAAAACUGUUGUCAUAAGGCAGGAGAGAACAAUCGAGUAACUACCGUCGGGCAGGUCUGGAGAAUUAUUUAAUAACUUUUUUAAAGUUUGCUUUUCAUGCGUCGUUGUUUUAAUGGUUAUUGUUGUCUUAAUGAAUACUUGCACAAAAAGGGCGUUAGUUUUGAUUUAAACACGAAUGCAAGCGGAAGGAAGCUAGCUUGCCAGGUUAAACUAGCGUCGGUUGAGUUAAGGCUAACUUUAAUCGCUUCGUUGAACCGCUUAAGUGGUUUAUUUCUUCAAAAACAACAGCCGAAAAGCUUCCUUAAAUCAAAAUGAGUGCUGGUGUUGCGAAGCCAGCUCCCACGUCUGCCCUUUCCGAUCCGAAGUCGGCGCCUCUGAAAGAGAUCCCAGACAUCCUGGUUGAUCCCCGCACCACGAAGAGCUACACGAGAGGAAGAUUUCUGGGGAAGGGGGGCUUCGCCAAAUGCUACGAAAUCACAGAUGUAGAGACGAAGCAGGUUUUCGCUGGGAAAAUUGUGCCGAAAUCUCUGAUCCUGAAGCAGCACCAAAGGGAAAAGAUGACGUCUGAAAUCGCCAUUCACAAGAGCCUUAAUCAUCCGAACAUUGUUGGCUUCCACGGCUUCUUUGAGGACGAUGACUUCGUCUUUGUGGUCCUGGAAAUCUGCAGGAGAAGGUCUUUGUUGGAGCUGCACAAGCGGCGUAAGGCUGUCACAGAGCCAGAGGCCCGGUACUACAUGACCCAGCUGCUGAAGGGAGUCCAUUACCUGCACAACAACAGAGUGAUUCACAGAGACCUGAAGCUGGGGAACAUCUUCCUCAAUGACGAGAUGGAGGUUAAGAUAGGGGACUUUGGUUUGGCUACUAAGAUCGAGUUUGACGGCGAACGGAAGAAGACGUUGUGCGGAACGCCCAACUACAUAGCGCCUGAAGUUCUCUGUAAAAAAGGCCACAGUUACGAAGUGGACGUCUGGUCACUGGGAUGCAUACUGUACACUCUGUUGGUGGGUAAGCCCCCGUUUGAAACGUCCUGUCUGAAGGAAACCUACAGUCGCAUCAAGAAAAACAACUAUGUCAUCCCCUGGCACAUCAACCCCGCCGCAGCGUCGCUAAUCAAGAGGAUGCUGCACGCUGAUCCUGCUCAGAGGCCCACCAUCACUCAGCUGCAAGAGGACGAGUUCCUCACGUCAGGCUACAUCCCGCUGCGCCUGCCCACCACAUGCCUCACUGUGCCCCCACGCUUCUCCAUCGCCCCCUCCACCACUGCAGAGCUCAGCCAGCGACGUCCCCUCUCUGCUUUGAACAACAAGGGUGGGUCAGAGAAGAUGGAGGUGAAAGACGAUGCUGUGCCAAAAGAGGUUGAGCCAUCAGAGAACCACCUGAAAGACAUGCUGCAGCAGCUCAACAGCAUCAUGGCCUCCAAGCCAGCAGAAAAGCCAUUCGUCCGGCAAGAGGAAGCAGAGGAUCCUGCAUGCAUUCCCAUUUUCUGGAUCAGCAAAUGGGUCGACUACUCAGACAAAUACGGGCUGGGCUACCAGCUGUGUGACAACAGUGUGGGAGUUCUGUUCAACGAUUACACUCGUCUCAUCAUGUACGCCGACGGAGACAGCCUGCAGUACAUCGACAAGCUGGCUGCCGAGUCCUACAUGAGCGUCCGCUCGUUCCCCACUACGCUCAACAAGAAGAUUACGUUGCUCAAGUACUUCCGUAACUACAUGAGCGAGCACCUGCUGAAGGCCGGCGCCAACGUGGCGCGGCGGGAAGGGGACGAGCUGGCGCGGCUGCCGUACCUCUCGCUGUGGUUUAGAACAAAGAGCGCCAUCGUCCUGCACCUCAGCAACGGCACGGUCCAGAUCAACUUCUUCCAGGACCACACUAAACUGAUCCUCUGCCCGCUGAUGGGUGCCGUGACCUACAUUGACGAGAAGCGGGACUUCCGCACCUACAAGCUGUCUCUGCUGGAGGAGUUCGGCUGCUGCAGGGAGCUGGCCAGCCGCAUGCGCUACGCCAAGCUCAUGGUGGAGAAACUGCUGGACAGCAAGUCCUCCUCUGCUGUACAUUAGAUGAGUUUUUCUCCAGUCUGUCAAUGUCUCAAUACUUAAUUUUUUUUUGGUUUUGUUUUUUUUUUUUUUUUUCAUCAAGCCAGGCGGUGCUACUUCUCUUCCUAAAAUGACCCAUACCAUGAAAACCCUUUCAUAUGCCAAAACAUAAUUUCCUCUUCCUGUUUUAAAUAUUUCUGCUGUUUGAUAGUUGCUUUCACUCUUACCUUGACUUUGUUGAUGAAGCCUUUAAACAACCACAGCUGCUGCACUGGAAUCAGCGCUGUGGAUAAUCUUGUAUAUUCAACCAAGUUGUGGAAGUAAAGGUGAAAAUUUAUGUUCAAAUACAUGAUUUCUACUUGUGCACUGUUGUCUUUUAUGAAAUGCUACAGAGGUGGGAAACACGUUGGACUCAGGUGGAUUUUUAAAAAAAAACGCUUCUCUGGUCUGCUUCUCUUGUUUCAGUUUGUUUCCUGUGUUGAGGAUUAGACCAUGUUAAUAUGUCUUCAUCAUGUACAUUCUUGUUUUUAAGUCUAGAUGUGAGUCGUCAACUAGAUAAAAUUGUACAUACUGCUGAGUAUGCAUACAUAUUUUAGAAAUGGUAUACCUCUGCCCAAGUUUAAAUAAAGAUUAUUCUCAAAUGGUCA